GCCAUAUCUGAUAACGUCUCUAGCCACUGUGUUGCACCAUCUCUAGGACCCCAACCAGGGAGUCGUGAAGGACUAACAGUAGCCAGUCUUGUACAUCUUUCUUUCAUACCACGACACCAUGUCAUACACUGACCACCUCUCCACUUUUUCCAACCAGUCCCAGAGUCAGCAAAUAAUGCACGACGUGGAAUUCUCUGGGACGACAUUCGUAGAACAUGUCCAAGCCACCAAAGUCGGUGUUUCAAGAUGGUGACACCAAUCGAAUUAUCGUCUUUGCGCUCGAACACACGAUGCCGAAGCUCUGCAUUACUGACAUAGUGUUGACACUGGAUGUCAGCAAUCCUUCGGAGACAGCGAUGAUCGAACACAGAGAGUCGUCUAACAUCCUCAACUUGGAGAGGCCAGGUUUCACAAGCAUAGAGCAAAACUGCUCUCACCGACGCAUUGUAGAUCCGACCUUUUACAGCUAGACUGACAUCACGAAGACGCCAAAGAUGGCCCAGAUUGACAUAAGCCGCUCUGGCUUUCACUAUACCUGCAUUGAUCCCAUCAGUCAGGCCACCACCAGCACUUAUGCAGGUACCUAGAUACACGAACUUCUCAACUACUUCUAUCUGCUCAUCAUCCAGGGUGAGUACAGGAUUAGAAUCCUGCCAGUCUUGUAGAAGUACUUUGCACUUGGAAGGUGCAAAGCACAUACCGUACUUACGGACACUGGUUGCCAACUGAUUAAUUGCGGAUUGCAUGACUUGGGCAUUAUCGCACAGUAAGACAAUAUCGUCCGCAUACUCAAGGUCGAGAAGUCUUUCUACAGGCAACAGAUCCACACCGCCAUUACUUACAUCCGUCAGAGCUGUUUCCAGAAUGUCAUCGAUGGCAAAGUUGAGGAGGAAUGGUGAGACUGGGCAACCCUGUCUAACCCCACUGCUCGGAUGGAACAAUGGAGAGAGGUGGUUGUAUGCCCUCACUCUGCCUGAGGUGUUUGUAUAUGGGGCCUUUAGGAUGUUAACAAACUUCUCAGGCACACCCUUCUUCACUAGACAAUCCCAGAGAACAGUCCUGUCCAACGAAUCGAAGGCAGCCCUAAUGUCAAGAAACACUACGAUUAUUGGCCUUUGAUAAGUAUGAAGGUGUUCUAACAUUUGGUGGAGGGUGAAGAUGUGAUCAAUACAUCCUCGACCGGAACGAAAAUCAGCCUGCUCCUCGCGAGCCAAUCUUUCUCGGGUUUUGACCAACCUACGAAGUAUGAAGGAAGCCAACAGCUUGGAUGCAAUCGGAAGUAGACUUAUCCCCCGAUAGUUGUUACAGGAACGACGUGAACCCUUCCUAAAGAUAGGGACAACUAUCGACUCAUUCCAUGACGUUGGUACACUCUCUAGCUCCCAGACCUUUGUAAACAACGUCGUCAGUUCCUUAGCCAGAAAGUCACUACCAUCUUUAAAAAGGACCGGAGGUAAGUCAUCUGGGCCCGGUGAUUUGUAGCGCUUCAAGAGUUCCUUGAGAACUUCCGCCUCAUUUGGUGGAUCAGUCGUCACCGGCCAUGGAGGGCAGGACAGUCCGACCGAUGUUGCCGGAGCAGCAGACUACUUGAACUGCGCUUCGAAGAAUUCUGCCCAUCGUCCAAUACGUCGAUGGACGUUAGUGGUUGGCGUUCCGUCAUCCUCGCAGAUUGUUUCGCUCACACUAGAUUGCUUGCUGCCAGUGGCUCGGAUGAGUUGGAAGAGCUUACGGUAAUUACCAGAUGCAGCUGCUGCUUCCAGCUCAUUAGCACGCUUCGACCACCAGGCCUUUCGGUUCUCACAAAAGCUAUGCCCGAUUUCCUUACGUAACAUCCUUCGUUUGUGGUCAAACUCACGGUCACACGGAGUGAACCGAUGGGCUUCGAUGAGUUAUAAGAAUCCUGAAGAAACCUAGUGCUUACAAGCGGGACGUUUCGCGAAACCGCAAGGGGCUUUACUGGCCAUUUUCAUGGCGUCAUGCAAUUGCAUCCAACGCUCACCUAUACUUUCCGGUGGAAUGGUAGCUAGCCUAGCAGCUAGCUCGGUUCGAUACUUACUUGCAACAGAAGUUGCAACCAGCUUGCUAAAAUCAAUCCGUUGGUGACGGUCACUUCGUUGUCCACUGAAAAGUAAGGUAAGAUUGGCGCAGACCAAGGCAUGGUCAGAGUCCGGAUAGGUACUCCAAAAGGAGCGGCAGUCUUGUACACAACCACGCCAGCAGUAGCUGAUCGCGAUGUGAUCAAUCUGAGUCCAGGACUGAGAUGCAGAGGGAGGACGCCAGGUGGCACGUUGGCGCUGACUGUGCCGAAAGUUAGUGCUAGCCAGAAACAGGUUGUUGUCUGUGCAAAGUUGCAGUAGACGGUCCCCGUUAUCUGUCCUACGACCAACGAGUCCCCAUCGGCCACCUAAACGACUCUCUUUUGUGCCUAGACGCCCGACCUGAGCAUUCAAGUCUUCGGUUAGUACUACAAUAUCUGUGGAACGCACUUUCUGGGGAAGAACAGAUAACUGGUGGUAAAUCUCAUCCUUGAUUGCAUCCGAGCUGCAAUCUGUCGGAGCAUAGGCGGAUAUGACGAAGAGACAUCGUUUCUCACGCUGAUUUCUUCUCACUUUGAUGGAACUUUCUAAUCUAACAGCACAUAACCGACUGUUAAUGGGGAUCCAGUCGAUUAGUGCUUCCUCAGCUCUAGCGCUCAGUGCGACAUUAACGCCAGCAAAACUGGACGAAGAUGCCACAGGGUCCCCGGAUAAACGCACAUAAAACGAGCUUAUCGAAGCGACAGAUGGAGAGCGAAUUUGUAGUACUUCGCUAGAGUUUUGAAUACGGGUUUCGGAUAGACAACAGACGACGAUAUUAAGACUUUCCAAAGACAUAGCCAACCCUAUCUGUUGUCCGAUCUGCGUUAGUGUGCAAACGUUGAAGGCGGCCAGUUUGAAUGGUGCACGUGGUUUCAUAAAAACUGCUUCAGUAUUCGUAUUUGGUGGUAGCAUACAAUUUUCAACCCGUCAGUGACUCGAGAACGUUUAGAUUCAGUCGAAUUUCCACCAUGGGCGAGCUGCUGUAUAAGUCGAAAAAAAUAAGUAUAGACAGAGUAGGAAUAAAAGAGGGUGAAUAAUGACGUAGUAAAUAAUAAUAAUAAUAGUAAUAAUAAUAAUAAUCAUAGUAAUAACAUUGAGGGUCACUUGAUUGUUAUUUGAAGCGAGAGGUAUAUUUUUCAUAAGUAGAUAGUUUAUCCUGUUUUUGUGUGCGGGCUGCGAUACUGCCCGGGUGCCUAGACUGAAGCAAGUGGUUUUCUUAGGGGGCCAUAUCCCGGGCCUUUUACCUUAAGAUCUGACCCUCAAGGCAGUGGAGCAUCGUGAGGAGAUGCAGUCCCAUGGUAGCCGGUGACCAACGAUUGGUUUAUACGCCAUUUGUUCCCUCAGGAUACUGGAGCCCAUGUGCACCAUUGGUUUGGGAUCCGGUUAAAGCGCCAGAUAUUCGCUUUUCGUCCUCUCAUUUUCGUAAACAAGACCCCCGCCACGAGAAGGCAGUGAGUAGAACUUCCCUGGCAGAGGCUGUAUAUGCGUGGAUGUGUGAUAGUAUUUAGAGAGGGAGGGCGGGCCCACCCCGCUCUCAGUCAUACCAGGGCAUUUGGGGGCUAGUUGCCUUUAGUGUAUUGCUACCUUGUCUAGGCGUCUUUGUGCAUAGGAACAAAUAAUUGGUUUUCGGAAUGACACCAGAAAAAAGCGUAUUAUAUUCUACAUGAUCUAUUCAUUAUUGAAUACCCUUUCACUAAUUAGUUAUUCCAUCAAUCUGUUUAGUACCUUUACUCAUACAAAUGAGACCUAUCAGUUCUUUUUAUCUGAAUAAACCUAUCAGUUAUUCUAGGUUUACUUGUCUGAUACAUGUAAAGUUCUAAGCAUGAGUUCGUUUUUAGUUAACGCUGCUGCUAUUCUGUGAAUAUCUUACCGUUUCAAUCAUGAAAAUUUUAGUCGUCGCUUAAUAGAUAUAUGAAUUAUUUGUUAUUAUGUAUCGUAAAGGUAAUAACUUAUGUUUCAGGUGUUGGAUUUUAAUUUUUUUAUUUUAAAUUUCCGUCCGUAAUAUAAUUUAUGAACUGUUUACUGUUGAACAGAUGUUUCGCGAAAAUCAAUGGGACCUAUUACGUUGUAUCAGUUAUUUUCUCAAACAUAAGUAACUGGGUGUAUCCGGAUUCAGUCUCUUAUCGGUUCAUGGGUGAAAAAAUGUGUGGGUCAGAUAUGUGCAUUGAGGCUGCUAAUCAAGGCUACAUGCUGUGUGAUGCCGGGAUCCAUGAUUGCUACGUAGUGAAUAACUCUUAUCGGUGUAAGAAAGGAGUUCCACUAAUAGAUUCCUGUGAGUAUUUGGCUAAAGAUUUAAAUUGGUCUUGUCCACAUGUCUCCGGAAAUUCCCCUGAAAUAGCCGAUUACGGACGGACUCUGCAUAGUGUUUCCUACAACGCCAAAACUCUGUAUCGCAUAAAUCCAGAUUAUAUUUUGAAUUUCACUUCUAAAUUCACUGACGAUGAGAUCAGACAACAGCUUGCUCGCAACAGUGUUUCUGAACGUCGUUCAAUUGCCAGUCAGUUACUUGACAGCAUGAGGUUUGCAUUAGAUAUGUCUCCAACCAUUGUUGCAUCCGGUUAUAAUCGGUCUACAAACUCUACUGCGAAUUCAGAAUUUCUGUCGACUUCAGCUUCCAAAAAACUGCAAACAGUCUCCGUAUUUCUUCAUUUAAUCGCGGAGAUCGCCCGCCAAACCCCCUCUGUUAUCGAUUUAUUAAGAUCCGGCAAAGAAACUGAAAAGAGUUUACGGUUUUGGCAUUUAUCUUCAGAUACAGGCAAUAUAACAAUGAAUAGUUCGCAAGGGAAGGUGAUCAAGUUUUCCAUUAAACCAAAGCAAUCAGAAAUGCAUGAUACAUUCAUCGCCGUAAUCCCAGCUGCCAACUUUCCAGGAGUUCUUCUGACACAACUAGACAAUAUCAAAAAAGUGACAACACCUUCCUUAGACUCAGAUGUUGUAUUGGUCGACACCAACAACGGUCUAUCAUUCACUCUAUCUGUGGAUUUAUCUCAGAAACCGAAUAUCACUGUAUCAUGUGAACAACUAAAACAGAAUCCCGAGUUUAAAGGACUGUGGAAUGAUGGAAAUUGCAAAACAAUUGUUGUCGGUUCUGAUUUUGAAUGCCAAUGUCUUCCAGCUCAGGGUGGAACAUUCGCGAUCGCUUUGGUUUACUGGUUAGGAUCGUCACAUAUUCCAUUGACACAUGUGUACUCCAUAAGUAUUGUUAAUUAUAUUUUUACUUUCGUAACUAUUGUCGCUUUAUUCCUGUUUUUAAUAUUCACCCGUUUCAUAUAGUCGUCGCACGGUUAUACAGGCUGGUAUUGAUCAAACUGAUUACUCUACGGUUAUCAAGAAAGAAUUUUGGUUUCUGCUAAUAAAGUGGUACGAUCAGCAAUCGAGAUUAGUCAGAUGGGAUCCCUUUCUGUUCCUAGUUACUACUGUUACUUAUCUACGAUGCCUUUGCAUUUUUGCAUUAGCUGCCCGCAACUGUAGGCGAACAUUGAGUAAAUUUUAUUUUAGUCUAUGUUCGUGCUACCGUCACUUGGAAGAGUGAGAGUGUUAAAAUUUACUUCUUUUCAGUGGAGUUUUUCGGUUGGAUCAAUUCAACAUAGCGUUUUGCUUAAUGGUUAGCGCAAUUGUCUCUUUGGCGAUUCCACAUACAACUGACAGACAACCAAUUUUGUGCACUAUCAUCGCUGUUGCUGUUUGUUAUUUUCCGUUGGCUGCUUUUUCAUGGAAAUUUAUAUUUGGGUUGAAUACAUUAAUUUUAAUCAUUGCACCACAUUCUCGAUACCAUGACCUUGUUUCUAAACCGAAAAAUUGUUUGCCAUUAGUUUGGAUAGGUUAUUUGAGUCCUGCAAUUAUUAUUGGUACAUGGUUUGGCUACACAGGAGAAGUUAGUAACAGUGGUCUGUAAGUUAGCAUCUUUGUAUCCUCGGUUGUGGAUAUUCCUGUAGUUUUAUUGCUCUCAUAUCUUUUAGGUUUUCUACGAUAAACCUUUUACGUGAGUCUAGAUAAUUAUCAGUGCGCGUUCAUCAAAUAAAGUCUUUGUUUAAAUCUUACUGCUGGUCCAGUUAAAUUUUACCAUGCCUAAUUGUAAAGUCCAACAUUAUUAAAACCCGCCUAGUUGUACAUGCUUACCAGUUUCGUGUUCCCAACAAGACUCGGACGCAUCUGCCAUCGCUCAAACAACACAGACCUAUUUCUUUUUGUUUGACGUUUUGGAGACUAGUAGUUGCUGUUAUCAUUUAUCUCGUAUUUUGCGAACAUAGAUUAGACUGCCCUUUAUCUGACCCAUGUAUUCAAGUGUUACAAACAUUGCUUUUUGUUAAUACAAUUUUUUUGUUUACUUUUAUCCUUUUAGCUGCAUUGGUCCCAAAACUCUCCGUUGGUCUUUUGUUGGUCCAAUAACAACGGUUGUUACUUUUAACUUCGUUAUUUUGUUUGUAGUUGGUCUCGUUCUUCUCAGAAAUUAUCUUGUUACUCGCAAAAGUAAACUAAAUAAAACAACACACUUUUUAGUGCUGACGCAGUUGAUGCUAACGUUAGGAAUUCCAUACAUUGCAAUUUACAUUCAGCUAUUGGACGCUUUCACUAUGCUAAUUGUUGUACCAGUUGCAAUGGCUCUAACAGCUGUACUUAUGUUUCUUCUAGUCGCCGUUUUUGAUGAGUUUAUUAUUUAGUAUGGAUCCAUACUUUUAGGAAAAUCGUCAUUUACUACGAUCCUUUAUUUACAAACACAUCGCACGUUCAAGUGAGUACAGCUCUGGGACAAUGGCAUUGAGAAAUCUAUGCAGGGGAGAAUUAGAGUCAAAGUUUAAAAAAUCUCCUCUCCAUCAUAUGGAGCGGGAUCACUUUUCGUCAAAUUACUUAAGCACACACGCUUUACGCAACCCAGAUAACGGAAAAAGUGCCUAUCAACAUGAUAACACAAUUAGAAGGAAAACACAAGAAUAUAGUUCAAGUAUUGCCUCACCUGAAACUGGUAAUUCAGUUGUACUUUGCGAUUCGAGACAACUGAAUGGGGAGUUAUUUAAUGACAUUUCUUCCACUGAAGAUCACACAGUCGAAAAUAUAAAGAAUGAAGGUGAUGUCAAUCUUGGUUUUCCAAAUAAUCGUUCACAUGUUUUACCUUCUUUCAACAGUCUAGUCACUCGGAUGUAAGUAUUCACAAUAUGUACGUGAAAACAAAUCGGUUGUCCAUUUUAACAACCAUCAAAUUGUUUCUAUUCAAAACAGAUUUAUUCGUGAAAGCGAAGAUCACCGGUUUCUAUUAGUUCAUAUCUUACUUUUAACCAAUAACGAAACCUUCACUUGUACGUCAUAAUUUUUUAAUGUUUUCUUUCUAAAACCUCAGCAUUUUAAGUGGGUAUAUUUCAUUUGUUUGCUAUUUCCGUGUUCAUGCGCACAGGAUGAAGUUCAUUUUUAAAGCACUAGAAAUUGAUUUUUCCACUUACUGUUGUAUUGUUUGUAUAUAUUAUUUCUCAAUGUAUUGAGCUAAUCUGCGUAAUCUCUACUUCACACCAAACUGAAUUUUCGAAAUUAUUAAUUUGCCACAUAAUGCAUGCACAAAUAGGUUAAUUUUGAUUUCUUAAAACAUUUAUCGUUUGCAUAAUUUAUUAUGAUUAGCAAUUACAUAUACCUU